UUCGUUGAUAAUUACAUUACUUAAACAAUAAAUCAUGGGGAAAAUGACAUUGGGGAAAAUUAGAAAAAGUUUUUCACAGAACACAUCAUGUCAUGGAUUACCUCAAAUGUACGUCAGUACAAACAAAUAUCAACGAGUAUUCUGGGGUUUGACGACACUGGGCGUGUUCGCGAUAUUGGUGGCAAUGCUCACGAUCAGAAUUAUGGAAUACAAUCAGAACAAAACGACCACAACAUUUUCGGAAAAAUACGUCGAAAAAAUGGAUUUCCCCGCCAUCACAAUAUGUAACUUUAACAACUUUUUCAACAUCGAAGAAGGAGAAGAACGUGAUGCUAUUGACGAAUUAGCCAAAGCAAAAGCGAGUGGCACUCCUAUUGAUUUCGAGAAAAUUGAGUACUUCGACACGGUCUACAACGGUUCAAUAAGAGAGUUUGCCAUUGAAAAAGGAUGGCAAAUGGACGAAGAUACUCUAGUUUACUGUUUUACCGAAGAUGAUGAAUGUUUACCGCAUAAUUUCACAUACAGUAUAACAGAAAUAGGAAAAUGUUGGACAUAUAAAAAUCCUCCAGCAACAAGGCGAGCUGGCACUCAUCAUGGAAUAUCAAUGGUUUUCAAUAUACAUCAAGAUGAAUAUUCAGAAAAUGUGGGGUGGGGAAAUUGGGAAGCCGGUGUCAAAGUUCAAAUACAUUCGCCUCACGACGUACCGGAAGUGGAUGAACUCGGGUUAGCAGUGCCUGUCGGUUACAUGGGAUUCAUUUCUGUAACUAAAAAGGAGGAAAAGAUAAUGUAUGAACCGUGGGGUGGAUGCCAACCAGACAACGAAGAGUUGCAUUUUUAUGACACCUACAGCAGACCAAACUGCUUCAAAGAAUGUUUCCAAAAUGAACUCGAAGAAUACUGCGAAUGUAAAAUGUAUUACUCUGAGAAUCCAUCGUUAACGCAAGAAUGCACACCCAGAGAAACAGUAGAUUGUCUCGUGAACAUCAGUUAUUUUGCUCGGAGUUAUCUUACACCUACAAAUUGUGAAUGUCAGCCACCAUGCCACAGUACGGUGUAUUCGUCAUCAAUAUCAUAUGCCAAGCUUCCCAAUAAGGCGGUAGAAGAUGAUGUAAACGAGGGCCAAGUUUCGGAUCUUGCAGGUAUUAACGUGUAUUUUGAGAGAAUGAGUUAUACAAUACAGGAAGAAAGCAAGGCCGUGACCAGGACAGGACUUCUAAGCGACCUCGGAGGACAGUUGGGUUUGUGGAUCGGCAUCAGUAUUGUGACUUUAUUCGAAUUCAUACAAUUUCUUCUCAUGUAUUGCUAUGAAAGCAUAGCAACAAAACUAAGAAGGAAGAAAGGAUCGCAGACAUCUAACGCAGCUCAGAGUACAACAAAUAAGAGUGACACAAGACUUGGCUUCAGUCAAGAUAAUGUUUAAAAUACUCAGUCUAGGCAAUGUACAUUACUGGGUAAAAUGAAACUGUUAUUUGAAAUAGAUAAGAAUACAAUUGAAAUGGAAUCUACAUGAUUUAUCUCACAAUAUUCAUGUAGAAUUUUAGAGAGAUUAGCAGUAACGCGGUAAAUUCAUUCAUGGUAAAUGUUAUCGCUAUUAUUAUUUUGGCAUUCCCGAACCACAAAUUUGUCUGUUACA